AUGGCGUUGAUGUACGGGAAGGAGAAGGAUGCCGAUUACGAGAUUGACAACGUAUCUCAUCCUGGGUUUUGCAGUUUUUUUGCGAAGCUUCCUCCUAAGUCACCGGAAACUGGAACAGUACGCCUCUUCUUUCGAACUGAGUACUACUCCGUGCAUGGGCCGGACGCACUCUACGUCGCUGCGCACGUCUUCCACACCAAUACAGUCAUCAAAUAUCUUGGUCCUGGUGGCAAGUCUGGCCUGCCAAGUGUCACAUUGAAUGAAAGCCAGGCAAAGAGCUUCCUACGCGAAGCUCUGACCUCAAAGCAGCUCAAGGUCGAGAUAUGGGUACCAGAGGCUGGACAGGGGAAGAAGGCCGUUAAGUUCCAGCUUGACAAGGAGGCGUCUCCUGGAAAUUUGCAAGCUGUGGAAGAGCUUCUCUUUGUCAACACGGAUAUCCUGUCCGCCCCCAUCGUGAUGGCGAUCAAGAUUACGACGUCCUCUGCCACAGGGGCCGGUUCCUCCAAGGCAAAGAUGAAAGCCAUAGGUGUGGCGUUCGCUGACACGAGCGUCCGUGAGAUUGGUGUUUCGGACUUCGUGGAUAAUGAUCUGUUCUCGAAUACCGAGACUCUAAUCAUCCAACUUUCCGUCAAGGAAGCUCUGAUUCCCACCGGCACAGCGUCCGGCACAACAGAACGCGACUUUGAGCUCAAGAAAUUAAAAGAUGUUUUGGACCGCUGUGGGGUGGUUAUUACGGAGCGCAAGCCCAGUGAAUUCACUGGCAAGAACAUAGGUGAUGACCUUGCACGGCUGUUGAACCCGAGUUAUAUCCCAUCUUCGUCGAGUGUCGAUACAUCAUUGACUAUACCACAGCUGUCGCUCCCCGUCGCGCCGUCGGCACUCUCUGCGCUCAUUUCAUAUCUUUCGUUGCUAUCGGACCCGUCCAACCAUGGCGCAUACUCGAUCUACACGCACGAUCUCUCACAGUUCAUGCGGCUUGAUGCGAGUGCCUUGCGCGCACUCAACCUUACGGAAGUCCCAGGAAACAUUGGGUCGAACAAGAACACGACUCUUUUUGGACUCCUGAAUAAGUGCAAGACUGCUCAGGGGUCCAGGUUGCUAGGGAGUUGGCUGAAACAGCCGUUGGUGAAUCUUCACGAGAUUCACAAAAGGCAAAAUCUAGUCGAAACUUUUGUUGAAGAUUCCAAUGCGCGUAGAACUUUGCAGGAUGAGUACUUGAAGAUGAUGCCGGAUAUGCACCGUAUUUGCAAGCGAUUCCAGAGGUCUGUCGCUUCACUCGAAGACGUUGUGCGUGUUUAUCAAGCUGUACUCAAGCUGGAAGGUAUGAUUACUACCCUCGAGGCCGUUGAGAGCGAACAUGAUGACUACAAGGCGCUCGUCGAGGAGACCUAUCUGGUCAAGCUUCGGGAAUACGACAAUAGUCUGACCAAGUACGCUGAGAUGGUGCAACAGACGCUCGACCUUGACGAGCUUGAGAAUCACCACUUUGUAAUCAAGCCGGACUACGACUCGCGCCUGCAGGCGCUCUCGGACAAGCUAAAGGAUAUUCGGGACGGGCUUGACGAAGAACAUCGCCAAGUGGGCCAAGACAUCGGGAUGGAGCUCGACAAGAAGCUGCACUUGGAGAACUCGCCCACGUAUGGGUAUUGCUUCCGGCUGACGAAGAACGACGCUAAAGCGAUCAAUGGCAAGAAAUACAUCGAGUUAGGCACUCUGAAAAGCGGUCUCUUCUUCACCACGAAGACCCUGAAAGAGCUCGCAGGGGAGUACCAAGAGACGACGGAGUCAUACUCGAGGACCCAGAGCGGUCUGGUGAAGGAGGUCGUUAACAUCGCGUCUACCUACACACCCGUGUUGGAGGCGUGGAACAACGUAUUGGCGCAGCUCGAUGUCAUUAUCAGCUUCGCUCAUGUAGCAGUGAAUGCUCCUGAGGCGUAUAUCAAGCCGACCAUCCUUGAAAAAGGUGCUGGAAGCUUGGUGCUGAAAGAUGCUCGUCACCCUUGCCUUGAAGUUCAAGACGACACGAGUUUCAUACCCAACGACGUAGAGAUGAUCAAAGAUGAGAGCGAGUUCCAGAUCAUCACUGGACCGAACAUGGGCGGCAAGAGCACCUAUAUUCGACAGGUUGGAGUAAUUUCACUGAUGGCACAGACGGGAAGCUUUGUUCCCUGCUCGGAAGCGAGCUUGCCUAUUUUUGAUUCCAUCCUCUGCCGAGUGGGCGCGGGAGACAGUCAGCUCAAGGGUAUCUCCACAUUCAUGGCGGAGAUGCUAGAGACUGCGACAAUCUUGCGUUCGGCUUCUAAGGACUCGCUCAUCAUUAUUGACGAAUUGGGUCGAGGCACCUCGACAUAUGAUGGCUUCGGUUUGGCGUGGGCAAUCUCAGAACAUAUUGCUUCGCAUAUCCAUGCCUUCUGUCUCUUUGCCACUCACUUCCACGAAUUGACGGCGCUCGAUCAGCAAAUUCCGCACGUGAAGAACCUGCAUGUCGUUGCUCAUGUCUCCAAAUCCGAUGAAGCCACUCGGGAUCGUGACAUUACUCUGCUGUACAAGGUAGAGCCUGGCGUCUGUGAUCAGAGUUUUGGUAUCCACGUUGCUGAGCUGGCUAAUUUCCCUGAGAACGUGGUGAAGCUUGCAAGACGAAAAGCAGAUGAACUCGAGGACUUUAAUAACGCGGGUGAACCAGAACUUCCUGCAGACGUUGUCGAGGAAGGCACGAAGAUUGUCGAAGAGCUUCUGCGCACCUGGGCGUCGCACACGGAUAGACGGGAUGGCGAGGACGUCAUCAUGGCCGACGGUGACGACGAGCUUUCCUCUUCAGCCCAGCUCGAAGAGCUGAAGAAAUGUGUGGAGCAGUUCCGACCGCGCAUCGAGGCGAAUCCUUGGGUGCAAAGUGUUCUUGCUUCGUUGUGA